AGUCAUAUUUUCUCUUUCUCAAUAUUAUUAUUUUCUUUACUAUCUGUGCACAUUGCAUCGUGAUUUAAUAUAUUAUUAGGUCAAUCAAAGAGAUUGGUUCGAUUUUUUCGUAAAAUUUUACUGUAUUGCAUUCAUUAGAAACAAAUUAUUCAACCAAGUACUCACAAUCGUCGUUAUCUAUAAUCGAUGUUCAUGAUAUUUAUUAUCCGUGAUAGUUAUAUCAGUUUACGCUGUUUACGGUCAAUCCACUGCCAUCUAUGCGACACAGAUCAGCUGACUAUCGGUCAGUUAAUCAGAGUUGCAGUCGGUAAUCCAUUUCUCGUAGUAAUGUAGUAAAAAAUUGGGACAGUCGUUAGGAUUCACCCUGUGUGUUCGUGUUUGCCGAGUUAACCUUGCGAACUCGCACUGAUCCGUCUCUACGACGUAGCGACAAGUGGCAUUCGUUUGCCGAUGUUGUUCGUGUUGGGUCAUAUUUUGCACGUUCUCUUGUUCUCCAGUAGACAGAUAAAUAGCUAGCCCGUUAUCAGUAAAUAAAUUAUUAAGUAGUCACUGUUUUCGUAUAAAAAUUAUCGCAAGUAUGGAGGAGCGCAACGGUGCCGGUAACGGCAGCGAGGAGAAAUUAUCGAAGUCCGAGGAGCAAGCGGCGAUCGACCGAAUGCCCUUCCAGAACUACAGAAUCGCCGAUACCGAGAUCCUGAAGACGAUCGAGGGCAGAACAUGUUGCGAGUCCUGUCGCAAAUCGCGGAAGUAUUUCUGCUACACCUGUUGCACGCCCGUGAUCGAUCGGAGAUACUUCCCGCGAGUAAAGCUACCGAUCAAGAUCGAUAUCAUUAAGCACCCUAACGAAGUGGACGGCAAGAGCACGGCGAUCCACGCGGCGAUACUCGCGCCGGACGAUGUGACGAUCUACAGGUAUCCAGAGUUCCCGAAGACGCUGAACAAAGAGGAAACUAUUCUGAUCUUCCCUAGCAAAGAUGCGUCUUCCAUAGAGGCUCUUUUUGCGGAAAGCGUGAAGGAGGGUGAUACUUCAGUGGAGAGGGACCUCCAAGCCGAGUUUCCUGUAAAGCGAGCAAUUUUUAUUGACAGUACGUGGCAGCAGACCAAACAAAUAUACAGGGACAAAAGAUUCAGAGGAAUACGCUGCGUUAUCUUGAAAUCAAGGAUCUCUCAGUUCUGGCGGCACCAGAAGAAGAGUCCGAGGUGGUAUCUGGCGACGAUCGAAGCGAUUCAUCAGUUCCUGGUAGAAUUGCAUUCGUGUGUCUUUGGUAGAGUGGAAGGAUAUGCCACUGAUUUGGGCAGUGCAGUGUCCAACGGAGAACGAGACUCUGUGGCCAACGAUGAAAGAGCGAACGGAUGCACGGAAGUGGACCGCAGAUAUAACGGGCAAUAUGACAAUCUCUUGUACUUUUUUAAAUACAUGUACUAUGAGAUCCAUACCAUGUACAAUCACGACGAUCUACUGGCGUACAAAAGGCCGCUCACGUAACUAUUUUCUUACUUGCUAACGUACGAAUCUUUCGGAUGGAGACUGCUUGACUGUGGCAGCCGUGCAGCUGUCACAUUAUCUCUGUACAAACUGUAAUUUAUAAGAUCUAUUCUAAAUUAAGACACAUUGUAAUUGUGUACUAAAAACAUAGGAGGGACAAGUUUAAUUAAACGCACUUGCACCGACUA